UAGUCUAAAGUAAGCAUAUUGCGCCUAAAGGACUCCAAAAUGAUGACAGCUAUACCACCCGAGAACAUACUCAACCGCGUUCUGUCUGCGCUGCGGCUGUCCCCAUUGGAGCGGGUGAGAGAUCUGUUAAUGCUGAUGGAACGGUGCUCGCUGCGAGAGCUGCAAGAAAUAUUCCCCCACAUUGUGCAUUACAUAUUCGGGGUAAAUGGGAAUCCGCUGGGCUGGGGACUGCGCACGACGACACCGGAGAGCGGGAUGAAUGUGUACAAGACGCUGGAGCAGUUCUUUGGCGUGUGCGGCCCCUGGAUGAUCGUGUGCCACAGGCUGCUGGCCGAACAAGCCAAGUUCGUGAUAGACAUCAGCCUGUUGCCGGUGAAACUGGUCACAAUGCUGCAAACCGGCCAGAGUCCGAUGUUCUAUUCGGAUCUGCUCAACAUCGAUCCAGAGAAACACCAGGUGUCAACGCUCUCCCUAAAUAGCUUCGACUUCUACAUGCUACACUUCGUGCUGCAUGGUCUACAGCCACUGCACAGCAUCGAUCCCGUCGCAAUGCAGAUCCACAAUACGCGAAGCAAGACCGUGUAUCUAAUGCUCGUCAGCGAGUAUCUGAACAACUUUCUGCCUCUGUUUCCUGAUGCCCGCAUCGAGCCGAGCUACUUCAGUGGCGGCGUCAAGGCGCCGCAGCCCUUACCCACACAGUCGCUGCAGCCGCAGCGCCAACCGCGCUUCAUAAGGAUACCUAGCUCCUAUCGCAAUGGCAACAGCUCUGGCGGUGGGAGUGGCGGCCCGGGAGGCGGCAACAUCUCGCCACAGUCGAUGUCAGCCAGUGUCAGCGCGGCCCGCAACUAUGCCUGGCGCUCAGAGUCGGUCCUUCACUUCUUUGUGGACAUCUGGCUGCGCUACGACGUGGAGUCGGAGCAUCAUCUGCCCGGCAGCGACUGGGUGCGCGCUGUCCGCACCUUAGUCAAGCAGAUUCACUUCUUCGCCAGCACGGCCCCGGUGGAUCCUACCUCACUCUGUUCGCUGCGCAAGCUGUCCCUGAGCAUGGUCAAGGGGCGCAUAUAUGCCUUCCUGUCGGGUCUUAUAGAUCGCUGGCCGCUGGACAGCUCACUGCUGGUGGUCCUGGAGCUGUGGUUAAGCUAUAUCCAGCCAUGGCGAUACACUAUGGCCAUCCUCAACAGCAGAGAAUCCGGCCAAAGCUACAAGCCGGCCAUAACUUCGGCCUACGAUGCAUUCAUCAUGGACAAUCUGAUCGUUUACACGCAUAUCUUCAUGCAGCUGCUGCCGCAAUUUGGACGUCUCGAUUACACCGUGUACCGUAACUGCCAAAUGCUGAACCGCCUGGCCAUGACGUUUGGCGAUCAGAAUCUGGCAGACCGUUUGCAGCGCUUCGAGCGUUUACACUCGGGAAAUUCCUAUGGCUUCGACUCGCCUCAUCGUCAGACGCACUUGCUGAGCAAAUCCCUGCCGCAGAGCGCCCAAUGGUCGAGCAUGCCCAAACUCUUUAGCGACACCAUGCGCGCGGACAUGGAGAACUUUCUGUUUGUUAUCAGCAUGGCCCGGAACCAGGUGCUGCGGGAGGUUUCGCGCCUGCGAAUGGAGAUCUUGGAGAAGCAGCGUUUGGAGGGAUUCCUCAAGAACUUUUUGCACAGGAUGUGGAACGAGCCGAGCCAGGACGAGACGCUGCUGGCCGAUGUGUCGCGUGUGCCGGAGGUUCUGCGCCAGUGCAUCGAUCACCUCUGUCGAGCAUUUAAUUUGGAUCAAGCCAAUCUCUCCAUGCAUGAGACGCUACCUGAGGAGUGUACGUUGCCGACCUCCAUCUCGGCGAAUAAUCGCAGCUUCUUCAAUACCAGCGACUCCCUGCUGGACACCUCAAGGUUGAACCCACGGCAGAUGUCGAUGAAUGCCUCCAACUUGACAGCUGCCAUCGAUCCGGCGCUCUUGCCCAUCCAGACCGGCGAGAUCACGUAUUUAGUCAGACGGCUGCACAGAAUAUCGGAUGCAAUUAACCAGAAGUAUAAAAUCCAAUUGCAAUCCAGCUAUGAACGUCAGGACUACUUUGGAAGCUUGACGCGCCAACUGCUCCUGGCCCCCAUGAUCGAACAGUGGUUCGAUAAGCGGGACGGCAACACGGACAUCAGGGAGAGGACGGUCACGGCUCGCAUCUCCCUGCGGCCGCUCGCCUCCAAGUUCCUUCUGUCCGUUGUGGCCUGCUUUAUGGUCCUGGGAUUCCUGUUCCUGGGAUCGGCCCUGAAGGGUCUUGGCACCCUCGUCGCCCUGUUCAUGGGCUACGUCCUGCUGAUGGCUAUUUGUUCGCCCUGAAUUAUUGUUUGAAGUCUGAAAUUUAUAUAUUUGUAUAAAACUAAAGCGAAACUACGAUUA